UUGCUAUGGGCCGGGGGGUGCGGGCAGCGGCGGCUGCGCAUUGAGCCGAGCGGGCAGCGGCAGCGUGGUGCCAUGGCGGGGUACAGCGUGGAGGAGCGCGCAGCGCCGCACAGCAUUGAGUACCGCCUGUUCUUCAAGGAUGCGGCCGGGCGGUACAUCUCCCCCUUCCACGACAUCCCGCUGUACGCGGACGCCGGCAAGAACGUGUUCAACAUGGUUGUGGAAGUACCUCGAUGGACAAAUGCUAAAAUGGAGAUUGCAACAAAGGAUCCCUUAAACCCCAUUAAGCAAGAUGUGAAGAAGGGCAAACUGCGCUACGUAGCUAACGUGUUUCCUCACAAGGGUUAUAUCUGGAAUUACGGCGCUAUCCCACAGACUUGGGAAGACCCAGGCCAUAAGGAUGAAAACACUGGCUGCUGUGGAGACAACGAUCCAAUUGACGUGUGUGAAAUUGGAAGCAAGGUCUGCUCACGAGGAGAAGUGAUCAAAGUGAAGGUGCUAGGCACGCUGGCAAUGAUUGAUGAGGGAGAGACAGACUGGAAGAUAAUUGCUAUCAACAUGGAAGACCCAGAAGCGGAAAACUAUAACGAUAUCGAUGAUGUCAGAAGGAUGAAGCCUGGGUACUUAGAAGCUACGGUGGACUGGUUUAGAAGAUACAAAGUACCUGAUGGAAAGCCAGAAAAUCAAUUUGCUUUUAAUGGAGAAUUUAAAGAUAAGGACUUUGCAGUGAACGUUAUCAAAAGCACUCAUGAACACUGGAAAGCUUUGAUAGCUAAAAAAACUGACGGAGGAGAGAUCUGCUGCACAAAUCUGACUGUCUCAGGCAGCCCCUUCUGCUGUAGUCAAGAGUGUGCAAAAGCUACUGUGGAUGCAGCACCACCGUGUAAAGCUGCCAACCCAAUCCCACCUGAAGUUGACAGGUGGUUCUAUUACCAGAAGAACUGAAGGCUGAGGCUGUGUGCUGAGGAGCUGCUCCCUUUGCAUCCCAGAGUCACCACAUGCAGGAGUAGCCCAGAAGAACAGCACUGGUGACAAGGCACCUAUGACUGACACCAAUUAGCACCAUCUAACCAUGACCUGGUACAUUGGCUCUGGUGGAGGUAGAAGAUAGAACUUUAAAUCAAAAGCUGCUGCUUGUGCGCGGUGUCCUGGUGUGUCUGUAACCAUCUGCACAUAAAGCCGUGCGGGUGCAGAGGUUCACCCAGUGCUGGAUGUUAAAAUAAAACUACUGAGCUCUG